AUGGAUCCCACAUUAUUCCGAAGAUCAAAUGGAAAGCAUCUCAUGCUGGUUCAAAUUUAUGUGGAUGACAUCAUUUUUGGAUCUACGGAUUCAUCAAUGGUACAAGACUUUGCAAAUCUGAUGAUCAAUCAUUUCCAAAUGAGCAUGAAUAGAGAAUCAAGUUUCUUGCUUGGUCUCCAAGUCAAACAAACCAACCAAGGAAUCUUUAUUCAUCAAGAAAAAUACAUUUUGAAAUACACAUUCAAGGCCUCUGCUCGCUUUCAAUCCAAGCCAUCUGCUUCAAAGUCUGCAAAUGAUUUUGGAUCCUCGUCCUCCACCACUCCGGACGGAGGCUCAAAUUCUAAACGUCAAGAAGAUGAUGCCACCACCAAACCCGGUCCUUCAAAUCAUCCUUUUUUCUCACUAGUCUCUUCCACAACACUCCGAAUCUGA